UGUUCUUUGAAUUAAGUAUGCUAAUGGGAAGUCUCUUUUGGUAUGCAGCUUGCUGAACUGAAACAAGAGUGUCUUGCCCGUGGCCUAGAGGUGAAAGGAAACAAACAGGAUCUCAUAAACAGACUCCAGGCCUACCUUGAUGAACACGCUGAAGAAGAAGCAAAUGAAGAAGAUGUUUUGGGAGAAGAAACAGAGGAAGAAGAACAGAAGCCGAUAGAGCCUCCCCCUAAAGAAGAAGAGCCACCUGAAAAAUCAGCUGAUGUGAGUGCGGAAAAGAAAGUGGUGAAAAUAACAUCAGAAAUACCACAGAUGGAGAGAAUGCAGAAACGAGCUGAGAGAUUCAAUGUCCCCGUGAGCUUGGAGAGUAAGAAGGCAGCGCGAGCGGCUCGCUUUGGUAUGUCCACAGCUUCGACUAAAGGUCUGUCUGCAGACGGCAAGCCUACGGUAAACAUGGAUAAAUUAAAGGAAAGGGCUCAAAGAUUUGGUUUGAAUGUCUCUUCAGUCUCCAAGAAGAGCGAGGAUGAUGAGAAGCUGAAGAAGAGGAAGGAACGGUUUGGCAUUGUCACUAGCUCAGCUGGGGCUGCAGCCACAGAGGACACAGAGGCAAAGAAGAGGAAAAGAGCAGAGCGCUUUGGGAUUGUCUGAUGUCUGUUCAUUUUAGGAUUUUCCUGUUGGGGGGAGGAGCAUGCUCAUGUGUGCGCUCUCUCGCUGUCUCCCUCUCACCCACACACACAGUAGCACUAGUAAGGAGUGUAGACUCUCUUCCCCACACAGGACUCAAUAGAGAAUCCCUGACAGCUGUACUUUUGUGCUGCUUAUUUUUUCAGUUGUUACGUUAAAAAAUACACAGCGCAAAGAGCAAAAAUGUUCUUAGUGUAACUGCCGUGAUUAGGAACCCCAGUUCCCGGUUCUCCAUUCCCCUCCCACUUGUAUAGGUAUUUACAGCAGUGCAGAGUAGGUGGGUAAUCUCACCACAUCAAAAUUGGGUGUUACACCCUCUGUGCACUGGCAUAAAUGCCCACACAAGGGCAUGAGUUGGGCCCUCGGUCUAUAACCCAGCUAGUGGGAAGGAGGACUGGAGUGGCCAAGCAUCUACCAGAUGUAGGAUGAGGAAGGGGAGAUGCCAUUGAGGGGUAAAGAUGGAGAAGGGUUUGCUUCCCUUGCUGUGCCCUGGGGAGUUUCACUCUUGGGUUGAGGGGAAGGUUAUGCCACUUAAAACAGGAACUACCUGGAGCCUCCCUUCUAUUUAAACCUUGCUGUCUUGUUAUAGUCUCCUAUUCAUUGGGCAAAGGAAUCACCCUCUCCCUUCUUCGCCCUGAGGAAAUUACUCUUAAAGUUUGGCUGUAUCAGGGUAUAUGCACUAACAGCCUAACUAACACAUGCUUCAGCUCGAGCGCACCAUGCAGCUCUACUUAGGUUGUGCUGUGGAUCCUUGGCUUACACUCGGGUUUCCCCUCCCAACCUGCAAUAUCAGGUUUGCUCCCUAGCUGGCCAGACAAGGGUCUCUAGCAUAUUAACUGACCCUGCCAAAAACCAUAGUAAGUCUUGUCUCAGAUGGGCUUUAAACGUCACUAACCACCCCAUAAGGGUCUUCCUCUGCUCCAUGAGGUGAUCUAGUGGAGACUGGGGUGGAGCAGGAGCUGGUGUUUGAUAGUAGAUCAAAGCCAAAGCCCCAGAAUAAAGAGGGAAAUACCAGAAUAUUUACAAAUUAAACCCACUCAGAUGGCUCCACUUCACCUGCCUCUAGGGGCUGUUCUGGAGCUUGUGGCAUUUCGUAUCAAUGUUCGUGAGAUUUCUCCUGCCUUUUAGAAAGAGUCCUUUGCUCGGUUUUUAUUCUCAGGUUGGAUUUUGUGUUGUCCUCAUCUAACAAGCAGAGUAGCUCAGUCAGAUUUAACUCCUUUCAUGCACCCUCAAACCAGCCUUCCUUCCUCACCUCUCGCCCCCUCGUCCCGGGAAUGCUUGGCUUGAAAAGACGUUGCAGUGAAUUGACUCUGCAUCUGAGCUGCAAGGGAUUUCCCCCAUUUCCACAUUAACUCCUCCGUCUUCCCUGCGAUGUUGCUUUCUCAGGCUUAAUGUGAUGCUUGACACAGGAGUGAAACACGGUGUGGCUGCACCUUUUGACUGGUUAGCCUAUCUGAUGGCUCUGUCUGUUCUAAGGGAUCUGUAGGAAUCAGUUCUCCAUGUUAACUUGUGUAGAUGGAGCAAGAGUGUUCGCUAAUACCGAGAGCUCUGGUCCUAUGCUUUGCUCUAGGGCUCUGAGGCAAGUCGGUACAUAGCUAGCAGCGAUUCAGUAGAAAGGGAAAUAUGUAUGGGCCUUUCCUCAUCACUCAAUAGGUUGUUUUACACACACAUUCUUUGUGUGUCUAACAUCUUAUGAAUCUUCACCCUUAAAUUUAUAUCAGGGUCCCCAGAAAAAUAACACCUGGACAGAUUGCCCGGUAUAUUGAUCUUUGCUUUUAAAUGUCCUUUUUGGUUGGUAUGCGCCAAUGCUUCAGAGAUUUGCAUCCAGGGAUUGUUGCUUCUACCAUAUCCUCUAUUGGAGAGAUGCCUGCACUGGUCACACUCGGGUCCUUCAGAUACCAAGAACAACAGCUGCAUGUGUACAGUAGGCUGAGCAAAGGCGUCAUCCUGACUCUUGGAAAGCAAUAUGUUUUUCGAAAUGCAGAGGUCUUGAAAUUGCUUGUGCUCUGCACCACUGAUGCACGCAGGCUGUAUGCCCCCAGUGAGCGUAAGCAAUAUCUGAGAUGGAUUUGCUUGCCCAGCAGGUGUAGGAUCCAAGCUGCAUUGUGUGUGUCUUGGGGUGUCAGUGAUAGAAUGAGCUGAAGCCCCCCCAAAUCUCCUUCCAGAUUUAAUAAUAAAAUCUUAUUCUAAUUUUUUUAUGUCGGAUUUUGUAAUAUGUAUUUUCUAUUCUGCUCAUGACUUUUCGCUGGUUAUUUGCUUGAAAUGUUUGUGUGCCAGGACAAACACUGCAUUUCACUCUUGGUUUCAUAAUAAAACUGCUUCUUCAAGGCAAUUCCUGUAGCCGCCGA